AAUCACUUUUGUUUUGAAAACGUAGCCUGACGAAGCUCGAAGUAACAACAUCGAAGCGCAGGAAGGGUCCCGAGAGAGUGGCGGAAAAUUAUCGUCUUUUUGUGCGGAAAAUCGAUAAUCAAUCGGAGCAUUUUCCGUAUACGGUUCGUCUGCGUCGCGAUUCGGGUCUUGAGAAUCGAAGUUUUCUGGUGAUUGCUGCGAAAAGUGUCCUUUUGGCGAUCGGAAAAACUAAGUGUUGUUGUUGUUGUUCACUUUGGUGGGGGUCUGGAAUGUGCAAUAAUGGAGAAGGCUGAGCUACUGAAUGGUUGUUCCUCCAGCUACAACAGUUCCGUGGGGGAGGAGCAAAAUAAAUCGCUGACCUCGAUCGAGGCUGAUCGCAGCUUUGAGGAAUACUGUGACGAAAAUAGUCGGUUGAUGGAACUGAACGAUGGUUCUUGUGGUGAGGGGGAAGUGGAAGAUGUAGGCAGCCUUUUGGAGUCCCAGCAAUCAUCCGGGAAGAAUAUUGCCUUUGUCCAGCCAAAUAAUCAUCGUAGGUCCGACGAACCGACGGAACUCAGCUUUGAAAAGUUUCCCGAAAAUCACGAAGAAAAAUUGAAGCGUAUCAAAAUUGAGAAUGCGCUGGACGAUUCCAAAACCACACAAGACGAGUGGAGGAAGUUUGCGAAAUCGGAGUACGGGCUCAUCAAUGAUGACCUGCGUCGCAAAGUGUGGCCCCUGCUGGUCGGUGUCGAUCCCAAACUGGUAGAUCCUGCCCCAUCCCUCGAAGAACUCAACAGCCACCCGGAGUACAAUCAGGUCGUACUGGACGUGAACCGUUCCUUGAAACGCUUUCCCCCGGGCAUUCCCUACGAACAACGUGUCGCUCUGCAGGAUCAGCUAACGGUACUUAUUCUACGAGUCAUCAUCAAGUAUCCACAUCUCAAGUACUAUCAGGGAUACCAUGAUGUAGCGAUCACAUUCCUGCUCGUCGUUGGGGAGGAAGUGGCCUUCCAUGUGAUGGAAAUCCUGUCGACGAAUCACCUGGUCGAAUGCAUGCAGGAGACAAUGGAACCAACCCAGCGGAGGCUUAUGUUCAUCUACCCUCUGGUGAGGAGGGAAAAUGCUGCGCUUUGCGAUUAUUUAGAGCGAUCCACCGUGGGUACUCUGUUCGCACUGCCCUGGUACCUGACGUGGUUCGGACACAGUCUCAACUCGUACCGGUCGGUGGUGCGGCUCUACGACUACUUUUUAGCCUCUGACUUUCUUCUGCCUAUAUACGUGACCUCAGCGAUCGUACUGUACAGACAGAAUGAGAUCUUCCGAGAGGACUGCGACAUGGCAUCGCUACACUGCUUGCUGUCACAGCUACCAGAAGAUCUGCCCUUUGAAUACCUUCUUAAAAACGCCGAAGAGCUGUACCGAAAAUAUCCUCCAAAAUUGGUCGAAAAGGAUGUGGAAAACAUGAUAGCCAAGGAGAAGCAGCAACGACUCAAAGAGGAACGCGAUCGCGAACGACGAAAGGCUCGCAGCGUGGCAAAACCGGGUGGCAAUUCGUUCAUUGGUCGUCUGCUGCCCCAUCUACCGGUGACACGGCGUUCCGUGUUCGUAACGACGGCAUUUUCCAUUCUGGUUGGCUUCUGUGCUUAUUACUACCGUGCGCACCUGAUGCCCUUGUCGGCGAUCAGAUGAGUCGAGCUGUUCCGGCGGAUUCCGUCGACUUUCACCGUUGUUACCGGACCGUUGGCCACGUAUUGGGGCUGGGACAGCUCGCCGAGGGCACUGCAGUAAUUAUUCCCAGGCAUAAGUUUGGCAAAGGCUUGAUCAUACCUUCGUGGGAGAGUCAAACGAAAAGCCCAAAUCGCUCGAUCCCCAAAUUAUUGUAUAUUUCAGAACAAAAAUGUGAUUUCCUUUAAACCAUCAUUUUCAUCGAAUAAAUUUCAUCGUGCAUCUUAGUAUAUAUUUGUAAAUAGUUAAAUAACAAUUUUCGGCAUGUUAGUAAUAAAAUUGGAAAAAAUCCUUAAGCAUUCAAUAGCGGAAAGGUAAAAUCACAGGCCACCAAACAGACAUUACAUUAAUCGAAAACGGUUUUAUCGUACAUCACUAUCACCAGAUAUUGUUUCCAUGACGACAGCAUGGUAACUAUACGUCUGUUUGACUGUGAUAAAUCCUUUAUUUAAUCGUUUGGCUUUUAUGAUGAAAACAUAUGAAACGAUGUAGAAACGAUAUGGAAUAUUCAUAAUACGCUAGAUGUUAAAGUGAACUGUAUAUAACUUUAGAAACAAUAAACUAAAAAUAUAUU